UUGAAAACGAGGCGGAACAAUCAUAGGACACCUUGGCCUAAGGUAUGGGACAUGUGGACUGCAGGCAACAUGAGUUUUCGCUUUAGAUAACCAUGUCAUUAGAACCAUAAUACGGUAAAACAUGUUCGUGGUUUUAAGGAAUUGUAGCUGCCCAAGAGGUGUUACAUUUCUGCAAGCCCCAAAGAACUAUCUAAGACCAAUGAGAUCAUACUACAGAUUUCAAGGAUUGUCCCACUGUCUGCCUUCUAAAGCAAGAUAUAAGCACUCACAGGUCUUAAAACAAGCUGCCAGCUCAGUGGAUGCAAUCCAGUCCUUCCCAAAAGAGGAGAAAGUGCUGGUUGAUGAUGUCAAAUCAAAAGAAGAGAAUAAAUGGGUUACAGCAACACCUGAUUUGAAAACAAGAAUAAAACUUUAUUUGAGAUUAUCAAAAGCAAAGUUAUCAAGUUUUGUCGUAAUAUCUGCAAUGGCAGGUUAUGCAUUGGCACCUGGUUCAUUUGAUAUUGUGGGUUUUAGUUGCCUUGCAGCAGGUACUUCCUUGUGUUCAGGUGCUGCUAACUCCUUUAACCAGUUCAUUGAGGUACCAUUUGAUUCCCAGAUGUCCCGCACAAGAAACCGUGUGUUGGUACAAGGUCUCUUGCAACCUAAAGAAGCAUUUUUAUUUGGAACUAUAGCAAGUUUGGUUGGGAUAUCAGUUCUGUCUUUGGGGAACAAUGCAUUAACAGGUGUUCUAGGUGCCCUCAACAUAAUAUUAUAUGCUGGAAUCUACACAGCUUCAAAAAGGCAGUCAAUUGCAAACACAUGGAUAGGAUCUGUAGUUGGGGGAAUCCCACCUCUCAUGGGCUGGGCAGCUGCAACUGGAGAUCUUGGUCUUGGCGCUUGGGUCCUAGCUGGAAUACUUUAUUGUUGGCAGUUUCCUCAUUUUAAUGCUCUAAGUUGGAGUUAUCGACCUGACUAUUCAAGAGCUGGUUACAGAAUGAUGGCAGUUACCGAUCCAGCUCUCUGUAGACGUGUUACUGUGCGCCAUAGUGUAGCACAAAUACCAUUGUCACUGAUGCUUCCAAUUUUAGAUGUGACAAAUUGGUGGUUUAUGUUGACUGUGACUCCUGUGAAUCUGUACUUGACCUACUUGUCAUGGAGGUUCUAUAAAGACUCAAAUAAUAAUUCUUCAAGAAAACUUUUUAGGUUUAGUUUGGCCCAUCUACCACUUGUUAUGGCUUUGGCUCUUGUACAUAUGAAGAGAAAGGAUAAAACAGACAAUGCAAUUGAUGAUGUAAUAAAAUAAAGCUGUGAUGAUUUUCCUUCUAUCUUUAUUUUAUCUUUCCCUAUUGUUCAUAUAUUUUGAAAGAGUGAAAACAAUAUAUUUUGCAAAAACCUCUUUUGUUA